AUGAUAAAAAUAGCAAUAUUGAUUUUUACAGUGUUAUCAUUAUUACAACUUGUUAACUCUUGGUCCAUAGACUAUUCCCGUUGUCAACGUAAUUGUAACUCAGAUUAUGACAGUUGCUACAGUAAUAAAAAUGCUGACUAUAAACAAUGUGAUCAAACUCACUCUUCGUGCAUGACAGGCUGUGAAAUUCUUGGGUGCAAGGAUGACUGUUCAAAUACAGGAAAUAAUUGCUCUAUUAACCCAAGAGGAUAUGGGUGUGCCGGCUUUAAUAUCUUUUCUUGCAAUAGCUUAUGCGAAUUAAAGAAAUGGAAAUAA